AUGGUAAAUUUUAAUGAUAGUGGCGGGGAAAAUUUUACAAUCAAUCUUUUGGAUGCAAUAAACAUCAUUCAUAUGGCAUCGCAAAAGCUAUCAAAAGAAACAAUUUUAAAUUGUUUUACGCAUGAGGGUUUCUUGGAGGUUGAGGAUCAUUUUGAUCCUGUCGAUGACCUGCCAUUAAUUGAGUGGAUGAAGAAAAUUCAACAGGAAGACGAUCUUCGAGACAAUAUUAGAGCCGGUCUGCCUUAUACUGCUAUAUUUUCGGCAGUUGAUACUGAUGAUGACGGAGAAAAGGAAAAUAAAGAUGAAGAAUCUGUCGAUAUGGAACUGAUACCGACUCCAACCACAUCAGAAGCACUUCGACAUAUUGAUAGCGUUCGUCAUUUCCUUCAGUCACGAAAUACGCUGCGGAGUGUGCUAGAUCGACUAGCUGAAGUGCAAUUACAUAUUAAUGAUACUGAUUUCACGAAAAUAAACCAAAACAAUUUGAGCCAAUUGAGCGUUUUGCUUAAAGAACGCGUUAUGGGUUCUGAGCGCGUGACGAGGCCUAUGAUGAGGCUGCUCGAAGUAAGACCGAAGCAACAAAGCUUCAACGCUACAGUUGACGGAUGCCUUGUAAUAUUGAGCCGAAUUUGGUGUGGGAUGCAUCAGCUAGUGCGGCUGGACAUCCGGGAAUGCGAUCCCGUUCCCGUUUCAGAAGCAAGAGCAGAGCUGGAGCGGCGGCAAGCCGAAGUAUCUGCGGAAAUUCUCUACAGGCCGAGACCGAGAAAGGGAAGAAUGACGCGGCCGUCGACGGGAUAUAUCGGCGGAACGGGAUAUGGGGCUACUCAACAACAACCGGCUCUCUCUUUCAACAACGCCUCCUCUAACUACGCAGAGGCGGGCGCUCACGAAUAUGGGGUCACGCUCGAUGGGGUAGUAGUUGCGAAGACACUAGGUCAUCAAAACUCUCCAAUGCUGCCCAAGUAG